AGCAUACAUGUAUCUAAACAACUGGCAUACAUAAACUAAUUCUGACAUUGGCAGAGAUCAUGCCAUCAAAGAAGAAGCGGGGAGGAGGGGGUGGGUUGUUCUGUGGCUGUUUUGGAGUAAGAGAUGAGCCACCAGAAAUACAACUUGAAAUAGGAAAUGCAGAUAUAAGAUCAACCGUGGAUCCUACUUUGCCAAUGCCUCCUGUUUCUGAGCUCAAUGCCAAGUUCACAGAGCUUGUGGAAGAACUUGAUCUUCCACCUCAACGUCGCCAGGCGAUGUUCAAUAUGUCACCCGAGAAGAAAUGGCAAAUAUACUGCAGUAAAAAAAGGGAGCAAGAAGAUCCACAACUUGCAACAAGUUGGCCAGAUUACUACAUCGAUCGUUUGAACUCCAUGAGUUCGGUACUGGUUCUUAUGUACGAUGAUGAAGAAAUUAAUUCAAGACUCCAGCUUGUCGAUAAUUUAAAAACUGCAUUGAGAACACUUCCUGUCAGGUUUGUGUCUCGAUUUAUCGAACUCGAUGGAUUGACAUGCCUUCUCAAUUUUCUAAAAAAUAUGGUUCCAGAGGUCACAGAGAGCAGGAUACACACUUCUGUUAUUGGAUGCAUCAAGGCACUCAUGAACAAUUCGCAAGGAAGAGCUCAUGUGUUGGCACAUCCAGAAAGUAUUAAAGUAAUAGCCCAGAGUUUGGCCAGUGAAAAUAUUCGAACAAAGACCGCAGUGCUGGAAAUACUAGGAGCAGUAUGUCUCGUGCCAAAUGGCCAUAAGAAAGUUCUCGAAGCGAUGUUGCAUUAUCAAAAUUUUUCAAAUGAAAGAUCUAGAUUUCAGGGAAUUGUGAAUGAACUCUCGAGAACGUAUCGUGCGCCAGAUGAUAAUGUGUUUGAAGUUGGCCUAAAAACUACAAUCAUGUCUUUUUUUAAUGCACUUGUUAAAUGUGGUGCAGGACAAGAUAAUCUUGAAUUUCGUUUGCACCUUCGGUAUGAACUUUUAUGCCUGGGUAUUCAACCAAUCAUGGACGGACUUCGAAUGCAUGAGAACGAAACUCUCAACAAACACAUCAAUUUCUUUGAAAUGAUCAGAAGAGAAGAUGAAGCAGAAGUGGCAGCUAGGUUUAGAAUGGUUCACAUCGAUACGAAAAGUGCCAGCGCUAUGUUUGAUGUUCUACAAAGAAAACUCAGUCAUACGGAAGCAUAUCAGAAUUUCUUGUCCAUGCUUCAUCAUUGCAUAUUACUGCCUCUGAAUCGGAAUGGAUGUCCCCAUCAUUGGCAAUUAUUCGAUAGAUUGUUGCAGCAAAUCACUUUACAACAACUUGAUGGUUCAGAUCCAGAUAUCACUUAUCUUCGAAAUUUUAACGUUGAGGAAUGCUUGAAAAUCUUAUACAAUGAAAAUGAAAUCAAGCAAUGGAAGGAAACAGCAGAGAGCAUGAAAAAAAAACAUGAAGAGAUGAAAACUCAACUAGACAGGAAGGAGAGAGAGUGUAUUGCAAAAGGACAAGAAAAAGAGGAGGCAAUGCAAACACUCAACAAAUUGAAAUCAAAAUUAGAAACUGAAACGAAAGAACAUCAAUCAACUAAAACUAGAUUAGAGGAAUUAUCUCAGAGAAUGGAAGGGUUGCAGCAGACUGUACCAUCCCCAGCAAACGGUGAAUAUGGCUCUUUGCAAACCUUGGCAAAUGCUGACAAACUAGAAAAAGAACGUUUGCAACAACUUGUAGCAUCUGGAAGUAUUUCUGAUGAUGUCAAAGCGAAAAUUGCCGCACAAAGUGUUGCCCCGCCUCCGCCGCCGCCACCACCACCUAUGAAUGCCCCGCCUCCACCACCCCCACCUCCUAUGGCCCCUCCUCCACCAGGUGCACCCCCUCCCCCUGGUUCAGGUCCCAGACAGUCACUUCUACCACCAAAGAAGAAAAUUCCCAAACCGUCAAACCCUUUAAAAUCAUUUAACUGGGCUAAACUUCCCGAAAGCAAGAUUGUUGGUACAAUUUGGACUGACAUUGAUGAAUCCAGGGCUUUCAAGUGGCUUGACUUACCCAACCUUGAAAACACUUUCUCAGCAUAUCAGAGGCAGCAGGAUUUGCAUUCUAGUAAGAAAUAUGGAUCUCAAGAAGAUUUGUCAACUAAGAAGGUAAAAGAGUUAUCUGUUAUUGAUGGACGAAGAGCGCAAAACUGUACGAUUUUAUUAUCAAAGCUAAAAUUGAGUGAUGAAGAAAUAAAGACAGCUGUCUUAACCUGCGACAAGGCUGGUGAUUUACCAAAAGAUAUGCUUGAACAAAUGAUCAAGUUUAUUCCAACGAAAGAAGAAAUCGAUAUGUUGAGUGAACAUUCAUCAGAAAUUGAUAGAAUGGCUCGAGCUGAUAAAUUUUUAUUUGAAAUGACAAGAGUACAUAAUUAUGAGCAAAGAUUACAAGGCUUAUUUUACAAAAAGAAAUUUAACGAAAGAAUUUCUGAAACCAAGCCGAAAGUUGAAGCUGUCCUGGAUGCUUCUAGAGAAAUUCACAACAGCAAAAAAUUACGCAAGCUUUUGGAAAUUAUUCUUGCUUUCGGUAAUUACAUGAAUAAAGGAAACAGAGGAAAUGCAUACGGAUUCAAAUUGAUGAGUUUAAAUAAAAUUGCUGAUACAAAGUCAAGUUCAGAUAGAAACAUAACAUUGAUGCAUUUUCUACUUGAAAUGUUGACGAAACACUGCCCGGAUAUUGUUGAUCUACCUUCUGACCUUUCUCAUGUGGAAGCUGCUGCUCGUGUCAGUUUCUCAGAUGUGGACAAAGAAAUUGGAAUCAUAAGACUUGGGCUUAAUAACUUGAAGAAAGAACUUGAUGUUCAACAGAAACGACUUACCAGUGGCCAAUGUCAUCCGGAAGAUAAAUUUGUUCCAGUUAUGACAGACUUUGUAACAGUUGCGGACUUGGGUUUUAUGGAAGUUGAAGAACUAAUGAAAGAUGCAAAAAAUAAAUUUGAACAAGUUGUUAUAUUAUUUGGUGAAGAUAGCAAAAGUCAACCUGAUGGUUUCUUCGGACUUUUUAUCGAGUUCAUGGAAACGUUUAAUUCUGCAAAGAGAGACAAUGAAAUGAUGAGAAAGAAGAAAUUGGAAGAAGAGAAAAGAAAGAAGGCUGAUAAUGAGCGAGAAAUGGACAGGCAAAAACGUAGGGCCACAUCAAAGAAAAAGGGUGGAGACCAAGGAGAAUUUGACGAUUUGGUAUCUGCACUAAGAUCCGGUGAAGUCUUUGAGAAAGAUGUCAAUAAGUUACAAAAACGUAACAGGCAACGAAGAACAAAUAAUUCAACGAAUUCUUUUGACGCAAGAGAAAGGAACGUCUCUAAAGUUUUAGGUUAAUGUGAGUGCGACAGCUCUUGUUUUCCACCAUUGGGUAUCGUUGAAAAAUCGUAUUUACCAUGUCAGUUGGCAAACUGGAACUUUAGUUUUUCGAAUAAUGCGAUAUAACUAGGUCACCAUCACCACACACUUCUCAUAUAUGUAAAUUUCAAAUAGUCUAUAAGGAUAGUUGAAAUAAAGUACUCAUAGGCACUGCUCGACAUACAACUCGAGAUAGAAGUUUAGUUUUAUUUGCUAAUGAAGUUAUUAUAAAUUCACACUUUCAACAAAUUUAUACAAAAGUGUUAACACUUCCUUAAUGAAUUCAGCAAAUCAUCUCCAGCUCAACAACAAUUCUAAUUUGGUGUCCCAGGAAAUAUAAUUUUCAUGUUUUUAUGGUUGCAGACUGAUUAAGGAAUGGAAAAGUCUAAUUUUGCAAUGCAGCAAAUGAGUGUUGAAUAUUUGAUGAAUUUAAGCUUUUAAAAUACGGCGAUAGCUUUUAUUUUAAUGACUAACAGGGUUUGGGUGUAUCUAAUAGUUUUACUUUGAAUGUGUUAUGAAUUUUUUUUUAUCAAAAUUUCGAACGGAAUAUGGUUUCCAAAAAAAGUGAUUUUUAACAGUCAGAUAAGUUGAAUUUGUUUUUAUCUGUAAAAUUGAUUCUGUUACAGCAAUUUUCAUUUGAUUUUUUAUUUCAACAUAUUUGAUGUUUAUGUUUUGGCUUGAAAAUAACCUUGGGAUAUCAAUAGCUAUUUGGAUAAGGACAUACCUGGUAUUCAUAUAAGACUGCAAAGUAUUGCAAAAGUUACUUUUUUAUAAUUAUAUAUAUUAUAUAGCACUAUUGAACGUACAUUUAUGUGACUAACUGUGUUAAUAAAUGAUAGUAUGUUUUAUUACUAUUUACCAGGUUGAAUAAAACAUAUUUUACACAUAUAUUUUACUGCAAAACUUUUUAGUUUUUUUUUUUUUCCCUAGCGCCAUAUCUCUUUAUCACUUAUUAAUUAACCCUUUUGUUACUGAUAAACAGCAUCUUGUGGAUUCUGUAACAGUCUUUACCUAUGUUUAAUUGUUAUCAUCUCCAGCAAUUGUUUAUAUUGGUAUUAUUACUUCAAAACAGCAUGGACUAAAGCAAAUGAGGUUAUUGUAGCAAGAAAAUUGUUGUGUAUAUAAAUGGUCACGCUUAGUUUAAUAAUCAUAUUACCCCUGCACCUUGGAAAUCAUGUUUUAACUCAUAUCUUCCUUGAGCUAUUGGGUACCUUAACUAUUUUUCAUGAGGCAAGGUUACUUAUGUCCAUUUUUAAUUCAAAAAUAAUUUCAUAUAUGGCUUUUAUUUGAUCACCUAAAGAACAUUUUGCGAAAGUUCCUUGAAUAUUGUGCAUAAUUGGAAAAUAUCUCUUUUUGUUAAAUUUCUGUUUUUAAUCUAAUUUAUAGAUUGAAUCUGGCUGACUUUAUCCUAAUCUUGUAUGGCACAUGUGGGUGAGCAUAAAAACAUAGAAAAAAGAUUAAGUAGUUAGUCCCGCAGAAACCAAUGAUAACCCCUUAAAGACUUCUGGGAUCUUUACAUUACUAGACUCAAAUUCAACAAAAACUGUAUGUUAGGUAUUAAAAAGUAUGUUAAUGUAUUCAUUUAGGUGCGCUUUUAUUUAACAAUCCAGUAAGUGAAAGAAAAUUCCUAAAAGUCAAAUAUAAAUUGAUUGUAUUGUUUGGUUCAUAAAUUUUUACCGAAAGCUGAAAUUGAUAAUCUGAAUUUUCUGUUUAGCAAUGUGAGAGCUUUCCCUAACAUGCUUUCUGAACUCACAAUGAUAUUCCUUAGACAUAAAAUAGAUAUUGCUUCAUUAUUCUUCCAGGCAUCAUGUUUAAAUAUCCAAACAUAGUGUUAGAUACCUUGACUGUAUAAUAGAAAACCUUAAUUCACUAAUUUGGUAUAGAUAUUUUUUUUUAUAUUUUUUGUGCCAAAUAACUUUUAUGGCACUAUUUUAUCCUCUAAAACCCUUUUGCUAAAUCAUAUUUUUGUUGUGUGUUGUUUGCUCUUAAAUAAAUGACUUGGUACUCGGUCUCAUAGCUGUGCGGAGAUGCAGUUUGGUUAAGGGGGUUCCUCAAAUCAGUUUGACAUCUAGACUAUUGUGUUCCCAAGUUCUAUCCUUGUUUAUACUUAACGUAAAUGUUUCGUUUUGUGAUAAAAAGUGCGAUUUUUCGAGUUAUUAAUAACUUGAUAUGAAUUUUUAACUAAAAUAUAUACUUUAAGGUUCCAAAGU